AUGGCUCCAUUCACCCUCUACACCCACGCCGGCCCCGGUCCCAACCCCGUCAAGGUAGCCAUGGCCCUCGAGCACCUCGGCUUGGACUACGAGUGUGUUCCCCUCGGCUUCGGCGAGGGCAAGGGCACCGUCAAGGACUCUGAAUACACCACCAAGGUCAACCCCAACGGUCGUGUGCCCGGCCUGAUUGACCACAAGAACAACGAGUUCACCGUCUUUGAGAGUGCCGCCAUCCUGCAAUACGUGGCCGAGAAAUACGACGCCAGUGGCAAACUCGGCGGCACUACCCCCGAAGAGCGUGCUACCAUCAACAAGUGGCUCGCCUGGCAGGUUUCCGGUCUGGGUCCCUACCAGGGCCAACUAGUCUGGUUCCUCGCCUUCCACGAAGGUGCCCACGGCGAGAAGCCCAACGGCUCCGUGAUUGCCCGCUACCAGGCCGAAGUGGAGCGUCUGCGAUCUGUGCUGGAGAAACAUCUUGCGUCCGCGGAGAACGGAUUUGUUGCCCUGGGCCGUCUGACCAUCGCUGACUUUGCCAUUCUCCCAUGGUUGAAGAUCUCUGUGCUGGCGGGCCCUGCCCUGAAGCCAUUCGAGGAGUACCCGGCUAUCAACGCUUACAUUCAGAAGCUUGAUGCUCUGCCUGAGGUGCAGGCCGCUUACAAGAAGGCUGUUCCCCCUAUGCCUUAG